AGAAUAUUAAGUAGCAACCUACCUGUAGGCUCUUUGUUGUAGUAGCCUAUCCUUUUAACUUUCAAUUAUUUUGUCCUUUUAAUUCCAUUGAUUAUAUAGCUCCUAACUUUUGCUACACACGGAGGAUCUAUGACUGUAACCUAUUGCCGUCUUUGAUGAGUUUAAGGAGUUUUUUUCAGUUGUCACAGUUCCAGAAGAAUUGCUGUCUCAGUUGCAUGAAUACUGCAUUCAACCCGUAGUGUUAGACUUCCUGAUGCAACUUGCUCCUGUUACAGUAGCAUAUGGAGUCUCUUCAAGGCCCAGGUUUCCUGUCAAAAUAGGCAGCUUGACAGUGUUUGAACCUCUGCAAGAGGAAAUGAUUGUGUAUCUGAAAGCAAUUGAUGAAGGUGUUGAUCACUAUGAAGUAUGUGGUUGCUUUACAGACAAAGAGGGAAGAGUUUUGGUUGAGCUUAAGCAUGUGGUGAUUAAAUAUCUUGGGAGCCGCUCUCAUGUUGUGGAAGAAUACUUCUUCCACAAUGAAUUCAAUGUUGUCUGUGAGGAUAUCAUCUCCUCUAAUGCCAGCGAGGCACCAAAGGCCUUGGUAUUUUCCGACCAGGUAGGCCUUCCAAAAGCCAUGCAACCACACUUAAGUUCACAGUCUAGAUACAUCUCCUUCACACAAUCUAAGGAGGUCUUGAGCCAAGGAUUUCCUACACUCCUGGCAAGCCUUAAUAUCACAGAUCUCAACAAACACUUCCAGGAAGUCUUAUUUGUGUGGGGUCAGGAAGAUGUGACUUCACUGAGAACUGAGUAUGUUCUGGAGAGUAUGAUAAGCUGCUGUGAGAUGCUCAGGAAAAUUGUCCUGUCAUUGAGGGCCAUGCAAUUUACAAAUUUCAUCAGAGUAAUAACCUACUGGUCGGCGGAGGAUACGGUGGACCACAUCAGCGCAGGCUUUGUCCUGUCAGGCAUGACUAGAUCGUGUGCUGCAGAAAUGGAAAAGCUUUCCUUCCAGCUGAUUGACAUCAACUCUGUCUCUACAGAAGACAUCAUAGCUCUGUCUCAGGUCUUAAAGUCAUACCGUUGCAAAAGAUACCCAGAGUUGGUUGUGAAAGGUGGGCUGAUUUUGAAACCUGAUUUUGUACAUACUCCCAUUGGAAGCAUUGAGAGCACUGAGGGAAGCAUUUUCUCCUCAAUGUCUGAGCCAUGCAUCUUUCAGACAAAUGACCCCUGCAGAAUGACUAGCUUGUCUGCCAUUCCUUGUGAUGUUGACAACACAAACAUCCAUAAGAAAUCAGUUAAGAUUCAGCUCAGUAAGAUAGGCGUUCAUUCCUCAGACUACUAUCCUGUCAGUGUCUCUGGGCUGAACUAUGGUCAGACAAUGUACUGGAACAAUCACACAUCUCAGAACCACCAGCUUCUGGCUCUUGACUUCAGUGGUACUGUCACAGCUGUAGGGAAAGAUGUGAACACACUGAAAGUGGGAGAUGACGUAGUAUCAUGUUAUCCCAUUGCUGCAUCUUCUAAGAUUGUGAUUCCUGAAGCAGCUUGCUACAAGACAAAGAGGCUUACAUUUCUGAAGGAGGCUCCUUGUGUGUCCUACUUUGUUUUGGCAUGGGAAAUACUGCACAGACUGUUACCUACCAUCAAACAACGGAGAAGGUUGAGCAUCAUCUCCUCUGUUCCUGACUCAAGUCUGCUGAAGGUCCUAAUCCAGACAGCAAACAAAUCAAGAUGGAAUGCCAUUGUAUGGACACAGUGCAGUGGAAUGUUUGCUGAUGCAAUUCUCCUCCUUCCACCAUUUGAUAAAUCUCUGUUGGCAGAAGUCAGCAAUUGUCCUGAUGUCAGACAUGUUGUCAUUGUCUGUGAAUCCCAGUCCCACUGCUUGCUUGAACAGAGUGUGUUCCAGAAUGUUAAGGAUAGUGUUCACAUCCAGACUCUUCAGAUGUCCAGCAUCUUACAAAAGGGAUCACUCAUUGCCAAGAGGCCACAGAUUUAUAAUUGGCUAAAGUCCAUGCAUUUGGGAAUUUCUCUAGAGACCUCUACCUUACAAAGAAUGUCAUCCGGUAGCAUUGACUUCCUGUCUGUUGAGUCGUACUUCAGCUCAAAGACCCUGUCUGUUGUGGCGCUGGGUAAAGAUGAUUCCAAAGGCACACUGUCCAACAUUCAGUUGCUGCCUAAACCAACCCAGCUAUUCCAGAAGAAGUCUGUGUACAUUGUCACAGGUGGUCUCUCUGGGCUGGGGUUUGAAACAGUGAAGUUCUUUACUCAGAAAGGUGGAGAGUACAUCGUCAUACUCUCCAGAAGUAGCCCCACACCAGACAUACAGCAGGAGAUAGUCAGAGACAAUGGAGUGCCCAUAUUGUAUGGAUGGGAUGUGAUGUCUCUGUCUCUGAGCAUGUGCUCAGAGUGA